GUUUUGUACCUUGAGCGGAGGGAAUAUUAAAUAGAUGACAAUGGAGCGGCGAAUCGCUGGCGUAAUCUACAUAUUGAUCACUUUCGCCCUUGUUAAUGAAAUGUCAAUAAACGUAUACGCCAGGGACAACAACAACAAAAGGCGCACCAAAGAGAAGAGCGGGGGCUUCCAAAAGAAUAUUUGCGAUAUCACAGACAGAGACUCAAAAGUUCACUGCUACUGCGAAAAUACUAGAGAGCCCAGGAAUGCGACUAAAGCGGAAUGUUGGGUGUUCAACGGCGGAAUACCGCGCGACGACCUCAUCUGGCAGAGUUUUGCGUCCCAACCAAUUUUGCAAACUUUGUCUUUUAACGUCCGAGUCGAUGGCGCUCUAGGCUAUAUACCUACAAAGGCACUGUUCUAUUUACAACGCUUGAAGUCAAUCAAUAUAAAGUACGGCAACAUCGUCGAUGUUACACCAUUCUCUUUCGCAAACUUAACUAAUCUUAAAGAAGUAAUCUUGUCUCAAAACCAAAUCGAAAAUUUACACCAAUACUCUUUCGCUCAUCUGCCCAACAUUACAACUCUCAACUUAGAAGAAAAUAUGAUCAUAGAUAUCGAUGCCGAAGCUUUUUAUGAUUUGCCAAAACUUCAGAAGCUGGUGUUUACCAAGAAUAAUAUAUCGACGAUCAGAAACGGCACUUUCCAGCACACGUUCAAUUUACUGGAAUUGGAUUUGAAUAAAAACAACAUUUACUAUUUGAACCGCCGGACAUUCGAUGGAUUGGCGAAUCUGAGAAAGUUGGAUCUGAGAAAGAACCGAAUACAGAAUUUGACAGAAUUCACGUUUGCAGAGUUGUGGAAUUUACAAGAAUUGUUAUUGGGCAAGAAUGAUUUGCGGUACAUAUCGGAGAGAGCGUUCGACGGAUUGUCUCAACUUCGGAAGUUGUCCCUGGAUGACAAUAAACUGGCGUCGCUGCCGUCGGGGCUGUUCGAGGGGGUGAGGGGGCUAAGCUCCCUGGACUUGCGCUCCAACGAGCUGCACGCGUUAACUUUCGACAAUAUCAAGCCUAUAUUGGACAACUUGAAACCACAGAACAGCAAUCUACUACUCGAAGAGAACAACUUCGUAUGCGACUGCAGAUUAAAAUGGAUGCAUUCUCUGCGAAACGAGACAAAAAGUCAAAACACAAAGGAGUCCCUCGACGGCGUAACGUGCAAAAUGGAUCCUCCCAUAGUGAGCUCCGCUUACAACAAAAUGCCUGACGCCAUGGACAACAAACUGGAUUACAAUCAAGACAUACUGCACGCUGGUCUCACCAUCGAAACGUUGAACGAUAAAAUGAAUGUAACGGAAAAGAAAACGCUACCAGGCGACCUAUCUAAAGACGACGGUAAUGAAAUAUCCAAAAAGGGUGUUAAAAGGACUGUUUUGAAAAUCCCAGCAGAAACCCUUCCGUGCCCUAGGGAAGUAAUAAAAACAACAGAGAUACCACCUUAUAUUGUAGAUCCUGUGAUACCAAUACAGAAUGAAAUGAAAACAUACAGAUUCCACGAAAUGAAUUCCGGUUAUAACAAUUUGAGGUCUAGUUUUAGCUUUGUAGUAUUAUGGAGCAUUUGUUUUAGAUUUUUCUUUACUUAAGUAAGUGAAGUAUUUAGUCGUUAAAGUAAGUGAGAUACAGACUAUUAAGCCGGCGAUUGAUGGCUGCGCACGGGUAUAAUGACUAACACUUUACUAAGACCUGUAUGAAAUAAACAAGGGAGAUUUACGACGAAUAGAAACGUAAUCUAUUAUGAUGUUGAACAACAUUGGAGCAGGAAAAACAAAGGUGAGUGACGUUGUUUGAAAAACAGGGUCAAUUUAUUUGGGAUACGUAUGUGUAAUGAAAUUAUAAAAUCGACUAUUGAAAUAAAUUGCUGUGUAAAUAAAAUUAAACAAGUAAUUUUAUGUACUGGAAGUUUUUCAUCAUCUUCAUAAGAAUUAAUAAAUUGCACUUGAUUAACAGUUACAUUUUGAUACAGCAAAAAAAAGAACACUAAAUAGGUUCUAGAGUAGCAUGAAUUACAUGACAGAGUUAAUGUUAUAUCUUAAACAAUAGACGAUCGUAUACAUAUUGUAUUCAAAGUAGCUUAACCUUAAAUGAAUAGCCUUUUCACUGCCGAAUGUAAGUAAAAAAAAAAACAAAAAAGAGGAAAAAAAUGCUUGAGAGCAGACUAUUCUAGAAACAGAACAAAAGAAUAAAGAAUUUGAAAUAGUCUAUCCGUCUGCAGCAAUCAAAAGCCACAAGUACUAAAUAGGCCACGAUUUCAUUGCAGAUUUAAUUUCUAUGAGCACACAGUAUUUACGCAAAAAAACGUGAUUAUCCAUAUGAAUGUUGUAAAUUAUAAUAAUAAUGUUAAGUAGAUGUAAUGUAUAAAGCUCUGUUUUAACGCACUCGAAUUUUCACUCAUUAAAAGUUGUUUUAAGGAUAAGAGGUGCGAACAUGUUUGAAUUUCUAAUCUUCGAGUUAAUGUGUUUCCAGAAAAUAUUUUCGAGGUUAUAUUUAAAUGAUGAGCGAAUUCGUUCUUCAAUAUUUACCGUUUGAUGUUUAAAUUCAGUCAUGUAUAAUAAUUAACACAAUCAUUAUGUUUUAUCUCCAUAAAUCUAUGUUUUGCGUUGAAAAUUAUCAAAAAAAAUUACUAUCUGACCUCCUCAACCCAGAUUGUAUAUAGAAAAAGGUUCUCUAAUACCUAGUUAACAAAUAUUGUCAAUUUAUUACCAUCAUAGACAUGAUAAAUUUAAGCGUUUGUAAUUUAAAAUGACACAUUUUACAUCAAAAGAAUAAAAAAAAAACAGUAAAAUAAUUUGCUCAAGUUUUCAAUUUGAAUCCGACGGCAUAUCAAAUACGAAAUCCAUCUCACUUAAUUUAAACAAAUUCAAUGUAAUUGUUCUUUAUCUAAAUUAAUAUGCCUCAAAUGAGAUUUCAAACUAAAGUUAUUACUUUGAGAUCUCAAGGGACUAGCACUAAUAAACCGAGGGCUUGUCCCAGACGUUUGCAAUAAAUCUUUAAGCUGAAAUAUUUAUUACCUAUUUGUCAAAAUUAGGUUCUUACAUCUGAACGUUUUAAAUUACUACGUAUUAUCCAAUAUCUAUAUUGCUAAGUUCGGAAUGGAGUACUCAAAAAUUUCUCUAAAAGUAGGAGUCAGAAUUUUGAGCUUUCAAUUCCAAAAUAAGGAUUAAAAUAAUAAAUUUUAAUAUUUUACCAACUAUUCGGUGUCAUAAUAUGUCGUCAGGUCAUAGGCGGAUUUGAAGAAUAUCUGACACUAGGGCUUGUCAGGUGAUUAAAAUCUGUAAGAAGAAGAAAAUUUACGUUUCUGACAAAAUUUCUAGCUUAUACAAACGCUAAUACAUACGUCAUGUUUAUAUUCAAUGCAUAAUGUCGUUGACUUAGCAACUAAAGGAAUUUGAUAAUGUGACUGCAGCCUAACUUAGUAUUAAUUCUAUUAUCGCAGUCUAAGCUCCGCUUCAACUAACAUAAUAGUAUUAUGGAAUUACCUAAGUUCUGUGUGCGGAACACCGAAACGGAACAUACAGAUCGAUAUUCGAUUUUGAUCCUUACUAUCAUAGGUACAGGAAUGCAAUUGCAAGUCAAUUAAUAUUGAAUUGCCAUUUUCUAAUAUCAUGGUGGUUCGAAGGUCAGAGAGCUUGCUAUUACGCAAAUAAGUGUGUAAAAUCUUGAAUUGACAAUUACAAAGAGUAUAAACAUUCUUGAAAAACUACGUUUGCUAAAAUAAGUAAAAACUCGUGAAAAAACAGUUUUGAUGCCUGCCUGAAGCUUGUCAAAUAUAUUUUAAAAAUUCGACUUUCCAAGUCGGUUAAAAAAUUACAUACAUUUGAAUUGAGAACGUUUUUGGCAAGUGGUAUAAAGAUCUCUAACAAAUAUUUGUACAGACUAUUAUCUUGUAAGGAAACGGCUAUUGACACAAUUGCACUAACAAUAAAUUCUUUGCGGUCAUUCACAGACCAUUAUACGACUAGAAGCGGCUACGUUUCGCAUUUUGCAUACAUCUGUAUUAUCCUUGGUACAUUUAACGCAUCGCGUGGUGGAACUGCUAUAUUGGUUUGGUCGCUUCCAGUGCAAGUUGGUUUACGUUAAAACUAAUUCUAUGUAACAGAACUCCAAAAUGAUAUGGUGUAGUUGGAAUUUUAAUGGCAGAUCUUGCGAAAAAUGAAGGACGUUUGAUAGGGAACCUUAUAAUGAAAUACCAAAAAGAAAAUGCAGAAAAAAAUACAUUUCAUAAAAAUAUACGAUAAAAGUCAUUCCGAAAGCAAAAUGGCUGAGUAAGAUAAUGAAGGGAAACAUCAUGGCUUUAUAAUCCCAUAUCUAAAUUAAGGUUUUAAUUUACUGUUAUUUUACUAUCAUGGACUAUUGCAGAGUGUCUUAAGGGUAGCGAGGGCGAGAGGAAGAAAGACAACUCUAUACAAAAAUGUACGUGAGGAAAAGAGGGGUAGAUCCCGAUGCAAAAGGCAAAUUGGUUUUAUGCCCCAAAUAAAACAAAAGUCCCCUUACUAGUGAUUAAAUUUUAGUACUGGCUUUAGGUUCUUUUAUAUCGGAUUAGUGUAGAGGAAAAAAUAAGAAGCGAACAAAUAGUAAUUAGGGUAUCUGCUGUAAAAGGGAGUUGGAGUGAUUUUCUUAUUUUCUUUUAUGGGUUUUCGUAAUAUUGCAAAGAUUUUCUUUUUGGAUAUGUUAGCAGCUGCUUUGUUUUGUAACGAUGUUCACAAAAUAGAUUAGAUGAGGAUGUAAAUUUUAAUUUUGGUUGUAAUAUAAUUAUUACGUGUAAUUCCUAUCUCAUCUAUGAAAAUAUUAUAAUUCGACGCAGUUACAUAAAACAUUGCUUUAAAUACAUCAUAACGACGACUUUUCUUUCUAUGACAUUUUUUUUUCAUUUUUUAUUACGAAAUCUGUAAAUUGUCUAGUUGAUCAUGUCGAAUUAUAUAGGUACCUAACUAGAUUAAAAUACCUAACUGUUUAUUUAUAUCCAAUGUACCUAUUAUUAAUUAAUCUUAAAUAUUGUUUACGUAUUAACUUAUAUCUCCAAAGCAGCAGUUUUAGACCCCUAAUUUGAGUUAUAGCGUGGGUUUUGAACUCAAACUGACUUUGCUCUUAAACCGACACACAUAUGGGUUAAAACGUAAACAUUCAUAAAUAUUUAUAACAUGUUCGCACCCCUAAUAUCCUAAAAUCUCAUGUACGUUCAUCUAUUGUGUAUAACGUUGUAUAAAGUAUUUUGACAAAGCAUUUUUUGUAUGAAUAAAUAAUAAUGGUGUAAAUUUUUUUUAAA